AUGUCUGUAAUUUAACACAAAUAGCACGUACAGCUGUUCAUUUGUCAAUCUUUUUGCCUGUAUGUAGUAUCUUAAACAGUUUUGCUAAAGGAUAGGGUCACCAAGAGGGGAAAUCUGUCAUUUUAAAUAAUUCUUGCCCUAAGGCACCAUAUCACCAGCCACUACGUUGGAUGAGGUGGGUGCUGCAGCAAGCGUCCUUGUGGCUGGACGAAGGAUGUUGAGAAAGCUGAGAGAAUCGUAAUCUUUGAUUUUUUUUCUUUUUUGAGCUGAAAGCUACCAGCGAGAAGAUUAACUUCAUUCCUCAGGAGAAACGAUUGUCCGAAAGCAGAGCCAGUUGGUAACGACGCGGACCGCGCACAACGGGCUCCUGGUGCUGAGCUCGGAGCCGCCGCCACUUCUGCCUGCCUUCGCCCACGUGUGCAUCAGGGAGUUGUAAAGUGAGUUACGCCAACAAACAAGGCGGGAAGUCCAGCCUUGAUCUUCAGGAGCAACGUUCUCGGGAGCCAGAGACCGAAGUGGCGCCGGCAGAAGGGAGCCCUCGGCUCGGUGGGAGCUCCGCGGGCCCCCGGGUCGGUGCCUUCAGCAUCUUCACCUCGCUCCCCUUCCUCCGAAGUUGCGGAGGUGCCGGGAAGAGGAGGGGCCUCGCCUCGGGCGCCCGAGUGAUUGGCUGCCCAGGGCCCCCGGCGAGGGCUGUGUGGUCCAGCCUGGGUGGAGAGGGGCGGAGCGGCCACUGCUCCAACCACCGCUACCACCGCCACAGUCGCAGCCGCCGCAGCCUCGGCCGCCGGGCAAGAAGCUCCGAGCGGCGGCUUCCUGGGCGCCCCGACGCGGACCGGGGCGCCGCGCUCUGCUCGCUCCGCGCCCGAGCCAUGCCGGGCAGCCGUGCGUAAUCAACGCGCCGCCGCCGACCUGCCCCUGUGCGCGGUCCCUGGCCCGAGCGGAGCUUUCCGUGCACGCAGCUCCCUCGUUCUCCGUCGGCCCCUCGCAACCAUGCCCCGGGCGACUGCUCUCGGGGUCCCGGUGCCCCUGCUGCUGCCUGUCCUGCUGCUGUUGCUACCGCCGCUGCCCCGCGGCGCCGGGGAGCUGGCGGAGCUCUCGGACGCCGCCCCGGACUAUUCGGCGCCGGAAGGCGAGGAGGGCGCGGAGCAGCAGCUGGAGCAUUACCACGACCCGUGCAAAGCCGCUGUCUUUUGGGGAGACAUUGCCUUAGAUGAAGAGGAUCUGAAGUUAUUUCACAUCGACAAAGCCAGAGACUGGAUCAAGCAGUCAGCAGAGGAAGGGGGACAUAGCACCGGUGGGCUGGAGAAGCAGCAAUCUGAGAGCCGGGAGAACGCAACCUCCACCAGUACCAGCGGCGAGGAAACUAGAAGGGAUGGUGAGGAGAAUGCCAUGCUUCUGCCCAGCCCCAGGACCUUGGACGCCAGAACUGAGACCUUUUCUUCUCGGGUCCGAAGAGCCACAACCUCGAGGACAGAGAGAAUAUGGCCCGGAGGGGUCAUCCCCUACAUCAUCGGUGGGAACUUCACUGGUAGCCAGAGGGCCAUUUUUAAGCAGGCCAUGAGACACUGGGAGAAGCACACCUGUGUGACCUUCAUAGAAAGGACUGAUGAAGAGAGCUUUAUUGUGUUCAGUUACAGAACCUGCGGCUGUUGUUCCUACGUUGGGCGCCGAGGAGGAGGCCCACAGGCCAUAUCCAUUGGGAAAAACUGUGACAAGUUUGGCAUUGUGGCGCACGAGUUGGGCCAUGUGGUUGGGUUCUGGCAUGAACACACCCGGCCAGACAGAGACCAGCAUGUCACCAUCAUCAGAGAAAACAUCCAACCAGGUCAGGAGUAUAAUUUCUUAAAAAUGGAAGCUGGGGAAGUGAGCUCUCUGGGAGAGACGUACGACUUUGACAGCAUCAUGCACUACGCCCGGAACACCUUCUCAAGAGGAGUUUUCUUAGACACCAUCCUGCCCCGCCGAGACGACAAUGGCAUCAGGCCAACCAUUGGCCAGCGCGUGCGGCUCAGUCAGGGAGACAUAGCUCAAGCCAGGAAGCUGUACAAAUGCCCAGCGUGUGGGGAGACCCUGCAGGACACAACAGGAAAUUUUUCUGCACCUGGUUUCCCAAAUGGCUAUCCUUCUUACUCCCACUGUGUCUGGAGGAUAUCGGUCACUCCGGGGGAAAAGAUCAUCCUAAACUUCACAUCCAUGGAUUUGUUUAAAAGCCGCCUGUGCUGGUACGACUAUGUGGAGGUCCGGGAUGGUUAUUGGAGAAAAGCCCCCCUGUUGGGUAGGUUUUGCGGUGAUGAAGUCCCAGAGCCCCUCACCUCCACGGACAGCCGGCUCUGGGUGGAGUUCCGGAGCAGCAGUGGCAUCUUGGGCCGGGGUUUCUUCGCAGUGUACGAAGCUACGUGUGGGGGAGACAUUAACAAAGAUGCUGGUCAGAUUCAAUCUCCCAACUACCCGGAUGACUACAGACCUUCCAAGGAAUGUGUUUGGAGGAUUACGGUUUCGGAAGGGUUUCACGUGGGGCUUACCUUCCAAGCUUUCGAGAUCGAAAGGCAUGACAGCUGUGCAUAUGACUACCUGGAAAUCCGCGACGGCCCCACGGAAGAGAGCGCCCUGAUUGGCCAUUUUUGUGGCUAUGAGAAGCCGGAAGAUGUGAAAUCCAGCUCCAACAGAAUGUGGAUGAAGUUUGUGUCCGAUGGCUCUAUCAAUAAAGCGGGCUUUGCAGCCAAUUUUUUCAAGGAGGUGGAUGAGUGUUCCUGGCCAGAUCAUGGCGGGUGUGAGCAGCGCUGUGUGAACACUCUGGGCAGCUACAAGUGUGCGUGUGAUCCUGGCUAUGAGCUGGCUGCUGAUAAGAAGACAUGUGAAGUGGCCUGUGGUGGUUUUAUUACCAAGCUGAACGGGACCAUCACCAGCCCUGGGUGGCCGAAGGAGUAUCCUACAAACAAAAACUGCGUCUGGCAGGUGGUGGCCCCUGCUCAGUACCGGAUCUCCCUUCAGUUUGAAGUGUUUGAAUUGGAAGGAAAUGAUGUCUGCAAGUACGACUUCGUGGAGGUACGCAGCGGCCUGUCCCCCGACGCCAGGCUGCACGGCAAGUUCUGCGGCUCUGAGAUGCCCGAGGUCAUCACCUCCCAGAGCAACAACAUGCGUGUGGAGUUCAAGUCAGACAACACGGUCUCCAAACGCGGCUUCAGAGCCCACUUCUUCUCAGACAAGGACGAGUGUGCCAAGGACAACGGUGGGUGCCAGCAUGAGUGUGUCAACACGUCUGGGAGCUACCUGUGCCGGUGCAGAAACGGGUACCGGCUCCACGAGAACGGGCAUGACUGCAAGGAAGCUGGCUGUGCGCACAAGAUCAGCGGUGCAGAGGGGACCCUGGCGAGCCCCAACUGGCCCGACAAGUACCCCAGUCGGAGGGAGUGUACCUGGAACAUCUCUUCCACCGCGGGCCACCGGGUGAAACUCACAUUUAACGAAUUUGAGAUCGAGCAGCACCAAGAAUGUGCCUACGACCACCUGGAGCUCUACGACGGGCCCAACAGCCUGGCCCCCAUCCUUGGCCGUUUCUGUGGCAGCAAGAAACCGGACCCCGUGGUGGCUUCAGGCAGCAGCCUGUUCCUCAGGUUUUAUUCGGAUGCCUCUGUGCAGAGGAAAGGUUUCCAGGCGGUGCACAGCACAGAGUGCGGGGGCAGGCUGAAGGCUGAAGUGCAGACCAAAGAGCUGUAUUCCCAUGCCCAGUUUGGGGACGACAACUACCCGAGCCAGGCCCGCUGCGACUGGGUGAUAGUGGCAGAGGACGGCUACGGGGUCGAGUUGAUCUUCCUGACCUUUGAGGUGGAGGAGGAGGCCAGCUGUGGUUAUGACUACAUGGAUGCCUACGACGGCUACGACAGCACGGCGCCCAGGCUCGGCCGCUUCUGCGGCUCUGGGCCAUUGGAAGAGAUCUACUCUGCAGGAGAUUCUCUGAUGAUUCAGUUCCACACGGAUGACACCAUCAACAAGAAAGGCUUUCACGCCCGAUACACCAGCACCAAGUUCCAGGAUGCCCUGCACAUGAAGAAGUAACAUCGAUGUUCAUGAAAGACAGGAACUGAGAAUGUGUUUUAUAACAAUAGCACCUUGUGAAUCUGCCCUAAACCAGUGUAGAGUUUUUUUUUUUUUCCUCAAACAAAAACUCAAAAUCUAGUCUUGGAGGUAUGUAUCUGGUGAAGUUCAGCCAAGAAGGAGGAAAGAUGUUUCUUUGAUUCUGGCCACAAUGUUAUCAGUCAUGGACUUUGAGAGAAGGUUAAGGUUAUCUUAAUGUUAUAGUUAUGAAGUUAUGCCUGGUCAUACUCAUUCUCCUUGUCCCUUGCUCCUACAGGACAAGAGGCAGCUCUUGGGUUGGUCACUCCUCUAUUUCUGGACGUGCUUUGGUAGGUGCCAGGCAAUGUGACUGUGUCCUGGAGACUCAGGCUGUCUUCUGUCCGCAUUGAGCAGUGAGGAUAAAAGCUCGGCCAUGGCUGAUUUGUUACUCACAGCUCUGGCUGGAGACUUUUGCUUUCUGUCUGCCAGGGACAUGUCAGCCAGGAAACCUGAGAACACAGAUGUCAGGCCUGAAAAAGAACUCGCAGGAAGCAAUGCACAGAGGAAGCUGGAGUAUGAGCAUCCUUGUCACCACGCUAGUACCCAUCAAGCCUCCCCUCUGGGUCACUGGCUCUCCUUGCCAUUUCGGUUUUCCCCCAUGCCUGCUUGCAUUAGGAGGUUAAGGCAUCCACUGUGAAUUCCAUCAACACAUCUGCUGUUGAGAGUCCCCAGUGUGCCGAGAAGAAAACAUCCUGCCUCCUCCUGAUACUCCUUUCCUGGCUGACUUCAGAAGACCCCACCUAUGCUUGGGAUUCCAUGGACUUAGAAGACCAUUUCCUUCGCCAGCUUUGGAGGCACUUGCUGUGGUUGACCUUGACUUCUUGACAACUGAUUCAAACUGCAUUUGCAAGACGUGCAAAGACAGCCCAUGAGGGACCAGUUGAGGUCCCUCAUGGGGCGAACACUGUUGAAAACUGGGUAAUUAUAAGUCAUGUAAUCCUCUGUGGGAGGAGUCAACCUGUGACUUCCUGUCACCAGUCAGGUUAAAGAGUGCAUUGGUAACUUCGCUCAGGCUAACUGGUACACCAACUUGCAAUCAGAAUUUACCACACUUGGCACUUGUUCUAGAGAAGUAUAGAGGAUGUUGUUUACAUAAUUUUAGAACCUCCACGUGUACCUUAAAUAGUGAGGUAGUUUUGAAUGGCAUUUCAUUAAGGCAUCUAUGGGCAUUAUGAGCUAAAAGCUGUGGUAUGUUAGCUUUAAAAGAGUAUUUAUGUUGGAAUAAUUUUUAAAUAAUGUUUACAUAACUCUAAGUCCUGUUGGGUUGGUAUUGAGCACAGGACAGCACACGAGAGUGUUUCCCGCAAGACCCAUGAUAGCUCCCAAGCACCAGAAUUCCUUUGGGAUGAAGCGACAUCAUUUUAAACAAAGUAUUUGUAAAAGCUUAAAAGUUAUAUUUUUUAAAGAUCAGAAUAUGCCCCCAGAGGACUAUGUCUAAUUAAAAUGAUGGCUGGGAGUAAAACAAACAAAGGAUAAUACAAGAAAGGUAGAAGAGAUGCAUGGAAAUGUUUUUUCCUUAAAACAGAAAAAAAUUCAAAGUAUUAUUAUUAAUAAUAAUAUAUGUCUGUAUAUAUGUAUGUAUGUAAAGGACCAGCUGUCAGAGCCUUAAUCGACGCAGUGUGACAGAUGCCGACCGGCUGACCGUAGCUUUACCGAGCAGGCCCUCCCUGAGCAGCCCUGCAUUUUAUGUGUGUCGUUCGCCAAGCCCUCUCUUGGCCCUGGAUGGAGAUUCGGCCUGAUUCUCACAUCGAGACACAUCCCAGGCCCUGCCUCGGGGGCACGCGGGCUCAGCAGUGGGAGCCCCUUAUCUUGUGGUCCAACCUGCCUGCGAAGGUGAAUCCCAGCUCUCAGAUUUUUGUAUUUUCUGGGGUUUUACUUUGUCUUAUCGUAUCUGUCAACGUUGAAGCUGAAACCAGAAUACAUAAAGUGGCUAUUAGAGGUCUUUCUCCAACGACAGGAAAAAAAUCUGUCCUUUCGACCUCUUAGAAGCCUGAAUAACAAUGAAAUCUAUGGAAAAGUGGGAGAGAGUCAGAAACAGAGUUGGUUCUGCCUCAGCGUUGGCCACCCUCGUGAAACAAUGGUACUUAUUUUUAUCUCUGUAGUAUGAAUAUUGUCAAAAACCCCCAACUUGGCCAACUGGAAACAAAGGAACGCUUAUGAAAACCUUUAGUGAGGCCUUCUGCGAGUGACGUACUCCCAGACAAGACAAGCCCUGAUUCAGCUGGGGCCGUGCAGACUGCUCCCCUGGAAGCUCACUUGGGGAUUGGUGCCCUGGCUUGGGGAGAGAAGGUCCACUUGACAGGAAGACCCAGACCCCCUGCUGAAGCUCCUCACAGGACACCUUGCUCCAGCCUGCUUUGUCCUUUAAUUGGGUGCGAGGCCUUGGGGAUGUCACAGAAGUCCAAGGCUAGCUUAGGUUCACAGAAUUACCUUGAUGACCUGAUGAAAUAUUGGGAGUCUGGGUCAUCAGCCUGGUCCAGUUCUAGUGUGAUCUGGUCUGGCAGAAGCUAGAGCCUGAAUCCCAGACCAGGGUGAGGGUCUGGAACUAACUUUAGCCUAUGGAGUUUCUCCAAACAGAAAAGAUGAGGCUUUGCAUUGAUUCACUGUAAAACCAUUUUCCUCUAAAGUUAAGUUUCAUCUUACUCAUGAAACCCUCAGCCUAUUUAAAUCAUUUGUAAAACCCUGUUAACUAGCAAAUUCACGCUCGGAUUUGCCAUUGAUCCGGUCCAUUUGAUAAGUCUCAAAUAAUUCGUGGUAUUGUUGUUUCGUUUGCAGACAAAUGUUCCCUUGGCUUCCGCUCCCUUGUUUUUCAAGUUUCCUUGGUAGACCGAACUUCUGAAAAAUAAUCCCAAAUGCCUAAAAGGUUUCUUUUUAAAAAAGAAAGACUAUUUAGAGUGCUAUCUAUAAAUAUAUUGUACUUUUUAUUUUGUGUAAUUUUACAUUUCAUGAAAUGUUAGUUUCAAAGAGAAAGUGGAGAGGAGCUAACAUGUCUGUCU